AUGUUCCCAGACGAUCCCGACGACGACUACGGCAGUCUAGUCUCAAUGCAGACAGAUGACCCACCUCGCAAAGUCGACCCCGAAGGAAGUUGGUUGUCGUUCGUUCGCCAUUCAUCGAGAACAUCGGGAUCCUCAACAUCGUCAUCGUCGUCGACAUCAUCGAAAAAGAAAUGCGAGAAGAAAAAUAAAGACAAAAAGAAUUCAAGAAGAUUGCCAGUAGCGGAGGGGCCCGCUGGACCACCCGGGCCUCAGGGCCCUGCCGGCCCACCUGGGGCACAGAUCACAAAGCAGGAACUACUUACAGAAUUUAGAACACUGAUUAGAGAAGCGGCAGAAAGACGAGCGCAGAUUAUUAUUGGAGAAAAGUGUCCGAGUUGUCUUCUCAACAUGACGGAAGGAACAGAGUUACAUCUUCCGAAUCUUGAAGAACUCGAACUCCUUCCCACCCUUCCCAUUGCUUUCCAUUGUAAACUCAGUAGGGACCUUGACAUUCCCGGGAAAAGUCUUAUUGAAGUCGUCAAUUUUAGAACGCCGAUAGAUACCGGGUCAUUUCAGAGAGGGCGAGGGUUGGAUGUCCGUUCGGGUAGAUUCACAGCCCCGCGCACAGCCAUAUACCAACUCUCUGCAAACCUUCACAUAGGCCAGCGGCUCUCCGACGUCAAAUCAAGGGAACUCAAGCCGCGAGAUAAUGUUCGAAUUCUCAUCUGUAUCAACUCCAUGUGCCAGAGACACACGUCAUUAGAGUUUGUAUCGGGCAUGGAGAGCAACAGUCGAGUAUUCACCGUGGCAGUAUCUGGUCUCCUUCAAAUAGAGGAGGGGCAAUACGCAUCAGUGUACAUCGAUAAUAGUUCAGGCCGAAGAAUUGAAAUCCAAGUGGGAUCAGACUAUAGCGGAGUCUUGAUGGGAGUUUAAUCGGUCUAGAUCAUCCUUCAAAAUUCAGAUGUGUUGAAAUUGACAAAUUUGAAAUUGAAAUUGAACAACUGCAGCGGCAACAACAGCAACAACCCAUUAUCACGAUUGUUUGCGGAUGAACAUGAGACUAUCAGUCGAUGUUGGACGUCCUUUCACUGUGGUAGAAGUUUUAUAGAGAAAGAAGUUGGGAAAUUGUUAUCAAAGUUCGAGGUCUCAUAAUUGAUUUGAUAUUUUAAAGAUAAACCAUCUUCUAAGUUCGAAUUUACUUUGAAACUUUACUCCGACCGAAAACAAGAAUAUCCAGCUCAUCUCAGAAGACGAUUUUUUUUUAUGAUGAUCAGCUGACAAGCGGCCAAUCCGAGUAAAGGACAAAUGUGAUCAUUUGAAGCAGAGAAGUCGGAUUUAAGUCAUCGUUUUUUUUUAAGGAAACGGAUGCAACUUAUUCAUGUGAGCAACGUCUUGAAAGCCUAAACAUCGUAUCAUAGUCGAAAAUAGUGAAAUGGAUUGCUGGCAUCAAGUAGACAAUACUGUUAUCAUUUGGUUUCGAGUCGGUUCGAAUGGGAACUAACCGGUUGUCAAGUUUCGUCCGAGACCGAUGAAUGUGGAUUGA